GGGCUGUCAUUUUUUUCUGACUAUAUUACAACCAAUCACAUGUCUUAGUUUAGGGCAUGCUCAGUAAAGGCCGCCUAUAAUAUAAAUACAAACCGCUCUUCCUUAUGCACUCUGUUUAGUGUGAGUACAUAAGAUGGCUCGUUUCUCUGUUUUCAUUUUAAUCUUCUGCUGUAUAUAUACAGUCGAACUUCGCAGGAAUUUUUCAGGUUCCGUCACAGAGCCAGGAGUUUAUCAGGCAGAUGAAGUUCUCUGUGUGAAUGUCGGUGACUCGGCUACUCUACCCUGCUGUGUUUUUGGAGACAAUGUUGGGGUAGUUAUUUGGUAUAAGCAACCAAACGGGAAACAGCCUCGGAUUAUGAGCAGUGGGCAUGAACCUGAUGAAGUCACAUUUUUCAAUGGAUUCCAAAAUCUUCGUUUUCAAUUACAGAGCUCUUUAAACUGCUUCAAUAUGAACAUUUCUAACAUCAUCCAGUCUGAUGAAGCCACGUACUACUGUGCCAUCAUAUCACCAUACAGUGUGUUUGGAAGUGGGACUUAUUUAAAAAUUAAAGAAACAUCUAAACCAGCUCUCAGUGAUAAUUCAGUGGAGGGUGAACCAACACUGCAUGGAAACAACACUAACAUGAACACACAAGAGAACACAGAAUCAGGAUUGAUCAGAUCUCUACAUUGGACAGUGAUCAGUUUGGGAACGGCUUUGGGUUUGUGCGCACUUUUGAUAUUCUGUUUCACUUAUUACAUACUGAGGAGAAGAAAACGUGAUAAAAUCAAUGCUUCUGUAGAAGAGUCUCCAGGAAUGAGGCAGGAAUUUGAGGCUGAAACUCUGAAUUAUUCAGCUUUGCAAAUCUCCAAAAGGAAAGCCAAAGCUGAAAAAGGCACCACAGGAGAUGGAUGUGUGUACUCUACUGUUUUAUACACUGGUGAUAUUUAAGGUUAACUGUCUAGAUGACAUAGUGUUAUAAGCUGAGGCACUGCAUGCCAGAGCUUUUACUUCUGUUUAUAAGCACUUAUCUGUUCUUCUUACAUAAAAAAUAUAUCCUUUUUUUAUUUGUAUAUAUUUACCUGAACACAGACAUAAAAUGCAAUGCAUCUGCACUUUGUUCAUGACCCUAUAUGUAUUUAUUUGAUUUU